UUUUUGUUUCCAACACUACCACAGAAGCCAUACUGCUGAUUUUAUGCCUUCUAAGGUAGCUGAGCUAUCUUCGGCGUGAAAUUAAUCUCCAAGAGCUUAUGAGACCUGGCUCAGGGAGACCCCCGUUUCAAUUCUGUGCCUGCGCACGAAUGCAGCACUUUCACGGUCCUUCUCCCACUGGGAGCCGCUCCAGUCGCGGCACUCAGGCGGGACUGCACGGAAGCGAUGGAGCCGCCGCGUGUCUGGGGCAGCGCGGCCCCGCGGGGGCCAGGGAGCGAGCGGCCCCCGGCGCAGGGACACGGCCAGAGGGGCACAGGGAAAGGAAAGGGAAGCACGGAGCGCUGGCUGGCGGAGCUGUGCCGGGGCCGGGCGGGGGCCGGGCCGGGCGCAGCCGGGGGCGGUGCCGGCCAUGGCGGCGGAGCGGGAGCAGCCGGGCCCCGCUCCCGGUCCCUGCUCGGGGGCCGCGGGGCAGGAGCGGGGCACGGCCGGAGGGUGCCGGUGCUCCGCUCUGCCCGCCCCUAGGCGCGGGGCCCUGGAGAAGGCGCGGCGCCGCCUGAGGGAGUUCGAUGUCGGGGACAGGUUCUCCCGCUUGCCGCUGCCCAGAGCCGCCGUGCUGCUGCCGCUCGUGGUGCGAGGGGGGCGGCUGCACCUGCUGCUCACCGUCCGCUCCCUGCAGCUGAGAAGAUCACCAGGGGAAGUGUGUUUUCCAGGAGGGAAAAGGGAAGCCACUGAUAAAGAUGACAUUGACACUGCUCUCCGAGAAGCCAAAGAAGAAGUGGGUCUUCAGCCAGAGAAGGUGGAAGUCAUCUGUAGGCUGAUGCCUGGAAUUGAUAAAAUGAAUAACUUGGUGACACCAGUUGUAGGGUUUAUAGAGGAUACAUUCCAGGCCACUCCUAAUCCAGAUGAAGUGAGUGAGGUUUUUGUUGUGCCUUUGGAGUACUUUGUCAAGCCUUUGAAUUACAAGACCUUCACUUAUAAAACCGCCUCAGGUUACUCAACUCGCAUACACUGCUUUCUAUAUGAUGACCAGGAACACAGAAAGUCAUUCAAGAUAUGGGGCCUGACUGCCCACUUUGCUGUAUUUCUUGCUCUUGUAAUUUCUGGAGAAAGACCUACCUUUGAAGUGGAUUAUGACCUUGACAACUUAAUUUCAUCCUCUGAGAAUUACUUCACUAAUUUGUAUGCAUCUGUAAAUGAAAGAAAGAAGAGUAAUCUGUGACAGCUUGGUCUGGCCAUUAAUUUAUUCUGGAAGAGGAAAAAGGAGCUUGGUUUAUUUCCUUUGUAUUUACUGUUUGAGACCUACACUUGAAUUUCUUUGGAAUUGGGAACUUUAAGUUGACAAUCCCUAACUAGAUUAAUACAAUUUUUAAUCUCUUUGAAGAGCUGUGAGAAGCACACAAUAUUUUUUGUGAAACAGACUUUCAAAAGGUCUGUUUCAGUUCCUUCUCAGUUUCAGUGCCUUUGUUCUGCGUGUUUCUGUGCUUACGAAACAGAUAUUACUCUAUUAUCAUUUUGAUGGAAUUUGUGUCUGAGUUAACCUAUUAAAACUUUUUGAGAUCUGCCUCUUACAUGUGCCAUACGUGGAGAACAUGAUCCAUACAGUCUUGUCUGGUAUCUUUGAGCACUUACAGAAUGCACAAUAAAAAUACAGAAGGUUUCA